AUAUGCUAAAUAUUUUAUUGAUUUAUAUUAGGUUAUAAUUAUCAGCAUUAUAAUUACUGUACCUACAUAUUUCUUCUAAUGUAGGUCAACUCAUUUUGGGGAUAGAAGUGAUACAGGAGUAUGCAAAGUCCUUUUAUAAAAAAGUCGAUGUUUGAAGAAAAUGGAGGAUUUAUUGAAAUUGAAGAAAAUCCACUUACAAUUGCAAUAGUAACUCCCAUCAUGAAAAGGGCCCAUAGUUAUUCAUUUUCGAAAGAUAUAGUAUUCGUUGAUUCUAGCAGCAGUUGUGAUCAAGGUAACUCUACCAUAACAUUUUUUUUUGGUGCGUCAAAAGUAGGUGGCAUUCCUUUAGGGGUAGUGAUACAUAAGCAGCAAACAAAAGAAGAUUACUUACGAGCAUUCAGUUUAUUAAAAAAAUGUCUAGGUAAAAUUGCAUUUUAUGGACAAUUACAGCCAUCAUUAUUUAUGACUGAUGAUAGUUCUGCAGAACGGCAAGCUUUAAAAGCUGCUUUUCCAGCAUCAACUUUACUACUGUGCGCAUUUCACGUUUGUCAGGCUUUGUGGAGAUGGUUGUGGGAGAGUAAAUAUCAAAUAGAAAAAUCUGAAAGGCAGGCUAAAAUGCUUAAAUUUAGAACAGUCCUUUUUUCUCAUGAUGAAGUAGAAGCUAAAAGAGGAAUGGAUGAAUUAUGUAAUGAUGACCAUGAACAAUUUUCCAAACAUAUGAAGUCAUUAAGAAGCAGAAUGAACAAAUGGGCAAUUUGCUAUCGACAAACAUAUUCAACUUACGGUCACAACACAAAUAAUAUAAUCGAAUCAUCUACAAGAAUUUUUAAGGAUGUGGUACUGGAACGUUGUAAGGCAUUUAAUGCGGCAGCACUGGUAGAUUUUAUAUUUAAGGUAUUAGAAAAUUAUCAUAAAAGACGUCUAAUUAAAUUUGCGUCAUAUAGAAUUACAAAGCCAGAAAUUCAAUAUAAUUCAUUUUGUGACAAAGCAAAUGAUUUAAAAGUGAUUCAGAUCGAUAACACAUCUUAUAAAGUGUCAUCCCAUUCUAAUAAUGAUAUAUAUUAUACAGUUAAAGUUUAUGAUGGAUUUGAACACUGUGAAUGUGCGUUUGGUCAAGGAGGUAAAUUUUGUAAACAUAUUUGUGCCAUACAGUUGAAUGGAUUUAACAUCGAAAAUAUUGUAAAUUUAUCAACGAAACAUAGAAUUGAAUUAGGUAACCAGCAAGGUUAAGAUUUCGAUCAUACAUUUAUGGAACCAAUGGACCUCGCAAAUGAUAUCGUUUCUACUAAUAAUUCCAAGCGGGAAAAAACUUCUGAAGAAAACAUGUCAACUUUUUUCAAUUCUAUGUUACCAACUGAUGAAAGUAUAACUGAACAUGAAACGCAAAAUAUGAAAAAUAAUGACUAUGGACAACAUUUAAAUUUAGAAAUCAAUGUAUUACAAAAUAACAUCGACCGAAUAAAAAACAUUGCUCAAAGUAACCCUAACAGUUUGAUGCUCAAAAAUAUAAAACAGUUUAACAAACAAUUGGAAAAAAUAACAUCAUUAUCUGAUUUGGUUGAUUUUAAUUUCAAUAAACUUCGUCGUGCAAAUCUUAUCGGAACACAGCCAACUUCCAGAUCCAGGCGCAAACGACUAAUAACUUCUGGUGCUAAACGCAUCCAAGCAGGACGACCGUCUUCAAAAGAACAAAACUUCAAGCAAAGAAAAAAACAGAUGGAUCGAAGUCUAGGUAAAAAUUUACUAAACAAUUUGCCACAUGCGAAAUCUCAUUAAUAAUAUUUUUGAAUGCCUACUAAUGUCCAAUUAAGAAUAUUAUAUUAUAUUGUUAUAAAAUAAUAAAAUGAAUUUUUACCAAGUUUUUAUUUAUUUCCUUUAUUUUAUUUUUUUUUUUUUUAUUAAUCUAAUAAAACAUCGGCUUCUGUGGCCAUUAGUUUACAAUUUACAGUAAUUUAAAAAUAUUUAAAAUUUCAUAUUAUAUAUCCUGUGGAAAAGGUCUUAAAUUAGGUUGUAUAGCUGGAUUUCUUUUAUGUACUGUAUGAUGUUGCGGAUUGAUUGGGUGUCAGGUCCUAAUGCUUCUCCGAUUUGUUGAGAUAUGUCGUAUUUUUUCCUCAUGUCAUGAUAUUUUCGGCAUUCAGUAAUAAUAUGUUUUACUGUGAGGUCCACUCCACACAUUUCGCAUAUGGGGGGAUCAUUUUUUUCCAUAAGAUGCCUAUGUGUGAUGAAAGUGUGGCCUAUUCUUAGACGAUUUAAUAUAGUUUCCUUUAUUUUAUUUUAUUUGAACCUUUGUCGGGGUGUUUUGUUGUCUGAAAGGGUUAAUGCUACAUUAAACACUUAAUAGGUGUCGUGUUCAAUUCCGAAUUUUGUCGAUUUAAAUUGCGUUUGUUUCAUUUACUUUUCACUCGACACGACACUACAUUCUACAUUAUUUAUUUGCUUAUCUAGGAAAGGAUGUAGAUAUCGUAGACAAAAAAUACAGACAUUUAAAUAAUACUAGUAUAUGAACGUUAUUAAAAUUAUUGUAAUAUAUCUACAUUCUACAUAUUAGAUUAUAAGUUAAUUUUUUUAUAGAUAUAGUCGCAAAUACACUGUUAAUAAUAUUGUUUUUACAUACCUAUUUUUAACCUAUCAACAAAAUUAGAAUAAAUUUAGAUAGAUUCAUAAUAUAGCGGUAAAUUACAUGUGCCUUUAUUUGAGUAUAGCGGUAUAUUACAUAGUGGCCAGACUCAAGUAGUAUCCGUAAAAUAAAUUUGUUUUACGAACCCUAACUGAAUUCGGGAUCUAUUGGCCAGUCUCGAGUAGUAUCCGUAAAUACGCCUCCCGGAAGGUUGCCCAUAAUCGUUUUCUGCUUCUAGAGCGGAAGUUAGCGGCGGAUAAUAUUUUAUAUGCAGCCUACCGCAAGUUCAUAUCCGAGUAUGAGGAACUCGGCCACAUGACUCGGGCUGAAGAUUCCGGAGAGUAUUAUAUUCCUCAUCAUGCGAUCCAGAAGGUUGAAGGGGAAGAUGUCAAGCUGCGGGUGGUGUUUGAUGCAUCGGCGAAGUGUCAUUCGGGGGUAUCCCUCAACCAGUGCCUGCUAGUUGGCCCUAAGCUGCAACAAGACAUUGUUGAUGUUCUGGUUGGGUUCAGGGUGCAUAGGGUAGCAUUCACAACGGACAUCUGUAAGAUGUAUCGCCAGAUUGAGGUACUGCUGCAAUACCGAGGAUAUCAGUACAUUCUGAGGCGGGAAUCGCCUUAAGCAGCUGUAAAGGAGUAUGCCCUUAAUACUGUUAUGUAUGGGGGAAAUAGUGCUCCCUAUUUAGCCCUGCGGGUUCUCCGUUAUAUCGCUGAUACUGAAUGCGCAGAUCAGCCAGACGUGAAGGGAGCGUUGUAUAACCAAAUAUAUAUGGAUGACAUAUGUGUUGGCGCAGAGUCAUUGGAAGCUGCCAAAGUUCUGCAGUCUAAUCUAAUCAAGACUCUUGUCAAAUCCGGCCUACAACUAAGGAAAUGGGCUAGUAACACUUCGGAGCUGUUGGCUCAUCUGAAUCCGGAAGAUCGUUCGGGAAGUCCGUUGAUAUUUGAACAGAAUAAUGCAACGCAUGUGUUAGGCAUAUUGUGGAACCAUGAUAUGGACUAUUUUUCUUUUACCGUCAACAACUUCAAAUUGAUUCUCACAAAACGAGGUGUGCUGUCUAUGAUCUCCAGGAUUUUUGACCCGCUAGGUAUGCGGUCACCAACGAUAUUCUAUGCAAAGACGAUCAUGCAACGUCUGUGGCUCGCACAGGUUGAUUGGGACGCCCCCGAGAAGGGAUAUGCGGCUGUAGUGUAUCUCCGUGUGACUGAUACAUCCGGAGCUACAGCUACAUACCUCCUGGGUGCCAAAACUAAGUUGGUCCCAAUGAAGACCAUGACGAUACCGCGACUGGAGUUGAGUGGUGCAUUCCUCUUUGCAUCGUGGUUAGCCAGGCUUAAACGCAUUCUAGAGUUCCAGUUGGGAAUUUAGGACGUUUUUGCAUGGUCUGAUUCGUCCAUCGUUUUAUCUUGGUUGAACAUACCGCAUACAUCGUUUAAGACGUUCGUGUCAAACAGGAUACAUUAGAUUCAGUCUGCAGUACCCGUUUGCCACUGUCAACAUGUUCGAUCAGAGGAUAAUCCGGCCGACUGCGUGUCUCGAGGUAUCCUUCCUGACAAGCUUAAGCGAUGCACGCUCUAUUGGUGAGGUCCGACCUUUUUACAAUCCCCAGUCGAAGCCUGGUCUAAGAAUAUCCCGUGCUUAGAAUUGGAAGAGUUGCCGGAAGUUAAACCAGUGUGUUUAUUGACCCAAAAAGAUCCUCCACGCGAAUGGUUUAUUCGGUUUUCCUCCUUUCACCAGAUGAUCCACGUGGUAGCUCAGGUACGUCGGUUCAUUAUGUUGUGUCAAAGGAAAACGGUCGAGUUAGGUUUUUUGAAACAGGCUGAAUUGGAUGAGGCUGUACACACGAUCGUUAGGUGUGCUCAGGAGUGCUAUCUAACCAAUUAGUAGGCGGUCUGCGUCGGGGGGCCCGGUUCAGUCCAAGACACUAGCUCGUCUUUGCCCGACCUUGGAUCUAGACGGCAUAGUCCGCGUUGGCGGUCGUAUGCAGAAUUCGAAUUGGUCAGAAGAUCGAAAGCAUCCUAUGUUGGUUACGAAGGAGUCGUAUUUAGCGGUUCUGAUCACUCGUCAUUGGCAUCUUUAUGCAUGUCAUGCUCAACCACGGUUCUCAUCGCUCUGGUUCAACAGCGAUUUUGGGUCAUUGGAAUUCGCCUGAUAGCUCAUCGGGUGAUCCGCAAGUGUGUGAUAUGUGCGAAAAUAUCAGCUGAUAAUCCACAGCCCAUCAUGGCUGCUCUGCCAGGGUUUAGGAUUUGAGAAGCUCAUCCGUUUUCGUCAGUUGGUAUAGAUUAUGCAGGCCUUUUGCAAAUGAAGGAGCUAAGCCUGCGAAAGGCUCGUAUCGUGAAGGUCUACAUUGCUGUGUUUGUUUGUAUGAACACCAAAGCGGUGCAUUUAGAACCAGUGUCUGCCCUUUCGACUGAGGCUUUCCUGCUAACGUUGGAUAGAUUCGUGGCUCGUCGUGGUCUACCGUUUUCGAUCUAUUUGGACUGUGGCACCAACUUUGUCGGUGCUGUGACAAUUGGUCAAUCAUCCGGAUAGUAGGGAUCAGUUAUCGGGUCAUAUUGCGUGCGAAUGGCAUUUUAACCCUCCGGGUGCUCCCCAUUUUGGAGGAAUUUGGGAAGCCGCCGUAAAGUCAGUUAAGUCUUUACUUCUUCAGGGUAUGAAUUCCCAAAUUUGGACGUUGGAGGAGUUCACAACGGUUUUGUGUAGGGUAGAAGCUGCCUUGAAUUCGCGUCCUCUAGUACCAGCAUCAUCUGACCAAAAUGAUCUGGAGUGCUUAUCGCCCGGUCAUUUCUUAGUUGAUCGUUCUCUGAUGUCCAUUCCAGAACCUGCUAUUACCAGCGCGUAAAUGGGACUGCAGAACCGCUGGAAGCUCCUCCAGCUGUCUUUUCAGUUCUUUUGGCGAUGUUGGUCUCAGAAAUAUUUAAACACCCUCCAAGCUCAAGGUAGGUGGACGAAGGCUGAGACCAAUCUCGAAGUUGGUACUAUGGUUAUCGUUAAGGUAAAUGAUGCGCCUCCGCUAUCGUGGCCACUAGGUAGAAUCAUCGAGGUGUAUCCAGGAACCGAUAAGGUGGAACGGGUGGCUAAUUUCAUUACUAGGGCUCGGGUUUAUAUGUAAAUACAUAUUUUCUCUGCGACAUGAUAAACUAAUUUUGGCAAGUGAUAAAUUUGUUUCACAAGAUUUUUGAUAAAACGAGCUAUAUUUGAUUUUACAUAUUUUUACAUAUUUUGUCAUAAAUAAAUGUUUUUACAUAUUUCACAAUUAUUCAAUUUUUUCUCACAUAUUUAGACAAUUAUACUGUUAUAAGGUCUUUUCUUCAGAGUUCAGAAUGAUUGAAAGGAUAUCAUGACUAUAUAUUAUUAUAUCGACGAUGUUUUGAAUUCGAAAAUUUUAUAGUGAACGUUAUUAUUAAUUGUAAUCAAGAUAAUUAGAUAACUAGAUAAAUAUACAUUUUUUUAUUACAUUCUAUUUUAUUAUUAAUAAUUAUUAAAAUUUUACGACAAUAUCGACGAUCUUUUGGAUUCGAAAAUUUAAAAAUAAAUACUCUUAAUUGUUAUCAAUAUAAUUUGAUAAAUAUAAAUUUUUAAUUAGGUACAUUUUAUUAUAUUAUUAAUUAUUACCUAUUAUUAUUAUUAUUUUUUUUUUUUUUAUAAUACAUCUUUUGAAUUCUUAAGCACAUAUUUAUGUACAUAUUUCUGUUGUAUAAAUACAUAUAAAUCCGAGCUCUACUCAUUACUAAACAGGGCGUGUUUACUAGACCAGUGGUGAAACUAGUACCUCUACCCACAGAUCCGUAGAUAUUGAGAUACCCCUAGCUCCUGUAUCCUGUAUCAAUUUGCACUUUAUAUUUGUAUGUAAUUGCUACGCUCAUUAUGUAAAUAAUUAAUUAUCUUAGCAGGCAACAUCACGCCUGCUACUAGAUGUUACGUCGGCUGCUCCGCUUCGGGAACCGGUGUGAGGUAUGGUAAUUUUUUAUUGUGUUUCCUCUUGUUGUAUUUGCAGGUAUUAAACUGUCAGUAGUAUUUUCAUAAAAAAAAAAAUGUAACUAAAGACUGAAUAUUAUAUUUGUAUGUGAUAUUAAUUAAUUCUUGUUCCUAUUGUUAAAUAUUGUGAUAUUAGUUCAGCUAACGCUCUAGCGAUUGCUCGUGUAAUUAAAUUAUUUUAUUUCUUUGCAAAAAAAAAGACUGUUAAUGAUGUUGUCCCUUUGUUAAAACCCGAUCAUUGCUCUGGUCUGCUCAACUGCUACGUUUAACUGCUCAACUGCUCCGUUCAACCGCUCAACUGCUCCGUUCAACUGCUCAACUGCUCUGUUCAAGUAGUAACUUGCUCCGCCACCUACAUCAUGGUGGAUCGAAGAUUCUGUGGCAAGCUCGCUGGAACUUGCAAGGGGGAGUAUGUUGGACCCUUUUGAUCACGGAGUUUCCGCCGGGUUGACCGCCACGACAACCUGAUUCGUGGGCGCUACGCGCCAUUGGCUGCAAUGUUGGCCAGACUGUCGUGGUCCCCGUUACCGGUGUUUGGCACCGGUGAACCCGUCAGUAUUCUCUAUCUUGCUCCGGUGUCUACGUAGUUUUUGCUCCAAAACUACGUUUUUGUGGUUAGCUCGUUACCGCUCGUGUUCGAUGGCCAUUACCAGUGAUAUUGGAUUAAUAUUUAAAGCCCCGUUGUUCGACGUGUUACUACUGUUGCUAUACAGACUGUCACGUUUCGUUUAACCGUUACGUGCAACCAAAUCCGUUGCUCCACAAGAGGUUUGGCUGUUGUCGGCAGCUUCGCCACAUUACUCACUCGCUCGUGAGCGUUGAUCCGCAACAGUCCGGUACACACGAUCGUGUCCGUACUACGACGGCCGAGAUAUCCAGCAGUUCAGCCACGCCAUCUCAAGUCAUCAUCUCAAGUCCGCAUCUGGCAGCAGCUGCGCAGGCCAGUGGGUGAUCCCCCAUCAGACCUUGUGUAUAGAAUAUCAUUAUGUCAUGUGCCCUUGUGUUUAUUUAGAAUAUUAAUACAUAAGUAUAAUAUAUUCACCCUUUAUACAAACUUUGUUAUUUAUUAAACAUUUGCCCUACCCACAAACAUCCCGAGGACCGUGUGUCAGGCGACAACCGGAAUACAGGAUCGCCGGCGCAAACAAACUCAAUAAUAUUAUUUUAUGAAUUAUGAUAACAGUAUUAUCAUCACAUUAUUUUUUUCAUAUAAGUUACAGGUAGCAAUUCAAGCAACACAAUAAGUUUUAAAACUUGUGCGUGAAAUCAAAUAAUUAUUAUGUUAUGGUUUCGAAUUUUGUGAACCAAUUAUUAAGCCCUGGACUCGUGCAGUUAACUUGUUUACCAGCUAUCGCUAAAACUACGAUCCGUUCA